CCAACUUUAGGAACUAUAAAUACGAGCCAUCUCCUGAAAGGGGAAUUCUGGAAAAAUUCACAACCCUAAUUAUUGGCAUCCACACUGGAAUUCUGUUCUAAAUAGCUAGCGGCUGUCGAAACUCGAAACUUUGAACAUGGGUCUUUCGCCCUCCCUUCCAGCAUUAACUCGUAGUCAGCGACAAGAUGAGCUUGUGAAGAUGUGUCCAGGUGGCAAUGCUAAGGUUACUCGUCGUCCAAAAACAAAUCCAGAUGGGUCUGAAAUUGUUUGCAGAACAGAUUAUGAGUUUCCUGAUUUGAUUUGUGACAAAUUUAUCAAGGACCUCUACAAGGCAAUGCGAUUGGGUCCUGAAUGGCAGGUAGGGUUCUAUCGCGAUCAGAUUCAGCAAUUUUGUGGUAUUGAUGUGGACAUUGACAACGCGAUAGAGAAUGGCUCUGCUACUUCCCCUAAUUUGGUUGAACAAAAUUGACUACGUACUCUGUGGAUCCCUUUUGUGUACCCUGUAUUGCAUUUGAGAUGUUGUUCAAAAACUCCAUUUGUAUAUCAGUUAAAUAUCAUUUCCCGCCGUAUUAUGAAGUAAUGUGCCAAGAUCUCAUCCAUAUUGUUGACCAAUCUUAUUUCAAUUCUAAUUUUAGUCCACACUAUAUGAGUUCUGAACUUUUGAUCAAA